UGAUCACUUGCGCGUGGACUUUGAUCUGGACAACAUGAGGUUAUAAAUAGACUGGCAGUGUUUCGACGCUGCGCACUGAUACUAAAUUGGUCAGCUGUCAAAUUGGGGUCGUGUUUACCGGAGUGAGAAAGAGUUGGCGGUGUGAUCCUAUGUAUCGGCAGAGUCUUACUGCACAGAACACCAAGAUGGUUGAGGAUCAGUUCUUGACUCGGUUGGGAAGCUUGCCCGCAGUAAACUCAGCAUGGACCAAUGCUUUGACCAUAUACCAGAGAACCAAGGAGUGGAACGGUCUGGUGCGCAUGGUGCUGAAUCUGGCAGAAACCAGUGUGAUAACAGUUGCCGGAACUGCCAAGCCUUUGGUUGAUAGAUUGCAGCCACAGAUUAACAGGGUGAAUAUCCUCGCCUGUGAACAGUUGGCCAAACUGGAAGAAAAGUACCCAGCUAUCACACAUCCAACAGAUCAGCUUGUGCAGGAGGGUAAGGAUGCAUACGUGUCCAUGCUAAAGCCUGUGACAGAUCGGGUCAGUGCUGCUAGAGACUACAGCACCAGUGCCUAUACAGGCGUGGUGAACACUGGAUUACAGAAGGUGGGUCAGGUGAGAAAGCUGGGUUCGGAUGCCUUGUCUGGAGUGAUGGUCUACGGUGAUACCCUGUUUACCAAAACAUUCAGCACGCCGUAUGGUCAGUACUUGGUCCAAGGUUUUGACGGACUCCUGUCCAUCUCGGAGCUCUAUGUGGACAAGUAUCUUCCUGCCGAUCCAGCAGAUGAAAAGGACCAGGACAAGCCACCUGCGAAGAACCCGAUUAUCAGAGCCGGCAACCUGAGUGUGAAACUUCGUCACCGCCUGUACAAUCUGUCUGUGAAAGAACUUCAGGUGGUACGGACCACAGCUGUUGACUUGUUGACCAGACUGAACAGCACCAUCAAUGUGGUUGAUUUUGUUAAAACAAACUUUGAGUUUGCGAAGCAUCAGGUUACUGGAACGGUCAUGUUGGUACAUGACAGACUUGUGGAAACAUGGAACAAAAUAGUCAGUGGAGAGAUUGAUCCAGAAUCUCAGAACUUUGAAGAUCAAACAAUCCUGUUUGCUCGCCGAAUGGCUCACCAAUUGCAGUGCACUGUUAUGGCCGUGACCCUGUUUCUUACAAGCCAAUCAAAUCACUUGGUGAAACGACUGAGAAAUGGGAAACAAUAUGCUGUUGGGUUUUUUCAUGUCUUCACAAAGGAGAAGAACUAUGAGGAGAUUCCAUCCUGGCUUCUCGGUCAGACAAGGGAGAGAAUUGCGUACGUUCAGGAGGCUCUGAGUCUGGUGACGGAGUAUCUCCUGUCGACCCCUCUUAACUGGCUGGUGUCGAUGUCCAAAAUGUCAGGGAAGGUAAAUUUGGAAGUGUCUGAGAAAGCCAGGCAGUGAAGAUGUCUGGUCACAACUAGUGUCAGCCAGAUACAUCAUUAUUGUGCGGAACUUAAUGAAAGUGCUAAAAUUUGUAAUCUUCUUUUAAGAAUAUACAAAUAGUUUUCUUCUGUUGUGGUUUUGUGUUAUGUUGUCAGCAGUUCUGAGUGACUAUAUAAAAACCAUUGUAAAAGCAUACUUCUGUGGUAAAUACUUGUCUACAUUGUUUGCUAAAACCUAUGUAAAUCUAUACAUUUUCUUUUGUGCAUGAGUGAUGUUUGUAAAUAAAAUGUUGCCAGCAUAAAA